CAAAAACUUGACAAAUUUGAUUUUUUUCUAGCCAGUUGUAACUGGUUGCGUGCUUUUGAUUACAAUGGCUGGCAAAAUGUUUAAGUUCUGCUGCUUGAUCAUUUAGUUCAUUCAGAUUAAAUAGUUCAGCCAGAGUUGUUUUAUCUUUCUUUACUUGAGUUAUUUAUCCAUAAGAGAGGCCAUGAAGAACUACAACACACACAAAGAAUCUGUCUCUGGCUCCUUCACCGUGGACCAUGCAGUGGACCAGCUGGGCUUCGGUGGCUUCCAGCUGAUGCUGACUGGCCUGCUGGGUUUGGCGUGGGUGGUGGACUCGAUGGAAGUGAUGCUGCUGGCUGUGCUCUCUUCUACUCUCAGGUGUGAAUGGAGGUUGACUGCAUUCCAAGAGGCAGCCAUCACUGUUACAGUGUUCAUGGGCAUGCUGAUUGGGUCCACAUUCUGGGGAAAAGUGGCCGACAAAUAUGGACGCAAAUUCAGUCUGCUGCUCUCCUCCUCUGUCACCCUCUACUUUGGCACUCUGGCAUCCCUCAGUCCUGGCUACCACUGGAUCCUCAUCCUCCGAGGCCUCACCGGAGCGGGAGUAGCUGGAGCUCCACAAGCAAUAACCAUCUACUCGGAGUUCAUCCCUCUCAAGCACAGAUCACGAGCAGUUAUUUGUCUCGAGUGUUUCUGGGCAGUGGGGGCUGUGGCGAUGGCAGCUCUCGCUCUAGUCAUCAUGCCCAAUCUCAGCUGGCGGUUCCUCAUCUUGUUCACAGCCCUCCCAGUCGCCGUCUUCAUCACACUUGCCUACUUUUUGUUACCGGAGAGUGUGCGCUACUUGGAGGUGACAGGGAACAAAGAGGCAGUUCUCAAAACUCUCCAACAGGCGUCCAAAUGGAACAGGACACCUAUGCUUCUGGGAGAGCUUGAGGUUGAGACAGAUUCGAAAGCCAGAGGUCGUUUUUCAGAUCUGUUCUCCACUAGGGAGUAUUCUGUCACUACAGUACUUGUGUGGAUUUUAUGGCUCGUGUCCUCUCUAGCGUAUACUGGUGUUGUACUGGCCACCACUGAAAUAUUCAACGAACUUAGUUCUACCGACGAAAAAUGCAUGAUAAAAGCGACAGAUCUUGGAGACAGCUGCAUAGCUGCUUGUGAACAACUAGACACAAAGGACUAUGUCAGUAUUCUGUGGGCAUCCACCGCCGAAUUCCCAGGUUUCGUGGUGGCCUUUCUUCUCUUGGAGGUCGUGGAUCGAAAGAGAGCCUUGGCGGCCGAGUUCUUCCUGUUCGCCCUGUUCGUCCUCACUGUCUCCAUCUGCAUGCCCAGAGGGUGGGUCACAGCUGCUCUGUUUGCCUCCCGCAUCUUCGGACUGGCUGCCUACCAGACCACGUAUGUGUACACUGCUGAGGUGUACCCCACCACUAUUCGUUCCCUCGCAAUGGGCACUGGGUCCGCCUUCACCCGCAUAGGCUCCAUGCUCACCCCCUUCAUUGCACAGGUGCUGCUGCGGAAUGUGUCUGUGCGUGUGGCUAUGGGGGUGUACUGUCUGUCUGGGGUGGGGGCUGCAUUGGCUGCACUUCUGCUCCCAAUAGAAACCAGAGGACGACAAAUGAAGAAUACGUGAAACAAGACCAGGGAAAAAGAGCGAGAUGCUGUUUUCGUCAUACCAGAAUACAAAGUCACGUGAUCAUUUCGGGAAAGAUUGGCAGCCGUCAUUGGUAUCAUGAGAAACUACAAAUGAGUAGAGUUGGUGUCUACUUCUGAAAUCGAGUGCUUUUUUGUUAAUUUAUUUCUUCUUAUCCAUGAGAUAUUAUAUGUUAAUUUGUGAAUAUCAAUGAAAAAAUGA